AUGGCUGCAGCCAUGAAGUCGGUGACCGAGCAAAGUGCGCCCACGGAGCUUUCCAACGAGGAACGCAACCUGCUCUCCGUCGCCUACAAGAAUGUGGUUGGAGCGCGCCGCUCCUCCUGGCGCGUUAUCUCCAGCAUCGAGCAGAAGACUGAGGGUAAUGAUAAAAAGCAGCAGAUGGCCAAAGAAUACAGGGAGAAGAUCGAGUCGGAGCUGAAGGAAAUCUGCCAUGAUGUGCUUAACCUACUGGACUCAUACCUUAUUAAAAACGCAUCUUCUGCAGAAAGCAAGGUCUUCUACCUGAAAAUGAAGGGAGACUACUUUAGAUACCUGUCAGAGGUUGCAUCUGGGGAUGAUAAGAAGGAGACAGUUGCAAAUUCUCAAGAUGCAUACCAACAAGCCUUUGACAUCAGCAAGGCGGAAAUGCAGCCUACACAUCCCAUUAGGCUUGGUUUGGCCCUCAACUUCUCUGUCUUCUAUUAUGAAAUCCUCAGCAGCCCAGACAAGGCUUGCAACCUGGCUAAGACGGCAUUUGAUGAAGCCAUCGCUGAGCUUGACACUUUGAAUGAGGAUUCCUACAAAGACAGCACCCUGAUCAUGCAACUACUAAGGGAUAACCUGACCCUGUGGACAUCAGAAAACCAGGCAGAUGAGCAAGAGACAGGAGAUGGGGAAAACUAA